AUGGACACUGAUCUUGCAUUGAUUUGCACUACCAUGGGCGAUACAGUGAUAGUACAGAUGUACGGUAUGGCUACAGUUACAAGAAGAGGAACACCACGGAUAUAUCCACGAAAAAACUGCAAGAAAAAGCUGCAGCAUCGUUCCGGGAUUAGCGACGGGACAUCGGCGCGACGCAGCAGCGCCGCUGCCGAUGACCUGAUGCGCCGGCCAUUUCCUCAUUGGAAUUUUGCCAUGUUUCAUUGCGCUGCAUGGAUUUUUCUUUUCACUGCAGAAGUACUUAGUGAAUUGGCAAUCGAUUUCCUUCCACUGCUAAAAAACAAAGACGCUGUGCAAGAAGGUGGAAGGGGAAUGCGUUUCGAGGAUAUUCUUACUCCUCGGGUGGAUAAAGUUCAACUGGUGGAUCGUUUGGGAGUUGAACCGAAUGUUAUCGGCACGUUACACGUAACCACUUCACAUAUCAUUUUUCGUUCAGAAGAGGGCAGCAAAGAAUUAUGGAUAGCCAAUGGGUUGAUUGGUAGUGUGGAACGGGGACCACUUUCCGCAGCUGGUUGCCCUUUAAUCAUCCGGUGCAAACAUUUCCAGGUUAUUAAUCUACUCAUUGCGAGAGACAAAAUUUGUCAAGAUCUCUUCGAGACGUUACUUAGGUGCUCAAAGACAGUGAAUGUCUGCGAGUUAGUGGCAUUCGAAAAUCGUGACGUAGCCGAAGAUGCUCGAGGUUGGGCUCGAUUAGAUUGGGGAGUUGAGUUCACACGACAAGGCGUCGAUAGCGAGUGGUGUGAAAAUGAUCUCAAUGAAUCAUAUCGUAGUUGUGAUACUUACCCAGAGCGACUGUGGUUGCCUGUUACCGCUAACAAGACGACUCUUUUGGGUUCGUGUCGAUUUCGAUCUCGAGGACGACUACCUGUGCUUACUUAUUUCCACAAAUCAAAUGGAUCGGCUAUUUGCCGAUGUGCUCAGCCGCUAACCGGGUUCUCAGCGCGUUGUGUCGAGGACGAAAAACUGAUGGAGCUGAUAGGAAGGGCCAAUAAAAAUUGUGACACUUUGUUCCUUGUUGACACGCGACCAAUGGUUAAUGCAAUGGUUAACAAAGUACAAGGUAAAGGAUUCGAAGACGAGAGGAAUUAUUCGAACACGAGAUUUCAUUUCUUUGAUAUUGAGAACAUUCAUGUGAUGCGAAACAGUCAACAAAAACUUCUGGAAGCGUGUUACAAGUGUCGGACUAUGAGCGAAUAUUUGCGGACCCUAGAAUCGUCUGGUUGGCUGAAACAUCUACGAGCAAUUGUAGAGUGCGCAACAUUCCUAGCUGACUCAAUAUCAAGAGGCAUCUCCUGCGUGGUGCAUUGUUCUGACGGAUGGGAUCGCACAUCACAAACAGUAUCACUGGCACAGUUGUUACUCGAUCCGUUUUUCCGAACCAUUCAUGGAUUUCAGGUCCUAAUUGAAAAGGACUGGUUAGGAUUCGGACAUAAAUUUGAUGAUCGAUGCGCGCACAUUGGAGCAUUAAAUGAUGAAGCAGCUAAGGAGGUUUCGCCGAUAUUUUCUCAAUUUCUGGACUGUGUUCAUCAGGUCAUGUGUCAACGUCCGAGAGCAUUCCAGUUUAACGACCGGUAUCUCAUUGACAUUCAUGAGCAUGUUUAUUCGUGCCAAUUUGGAACGUUUAUUGGGAAUUGCGAGAAGGACAGAAAGGACCUGCACAUCGACAGGAGAACAAAAUCAUUAUGGACAUAUCUGGAUCAUCGACAAGAUGACUACCUCAAUCCGUUCUACGAGCCGACGACUUUCGGUGUUCUCUCGGGAAUAGAGACGAGAGCAUUUGCAUUCAAAGUUUGGCAUGGUCUAUACAAUCGUUUUGACGAUGGUCUCUUGCCAAAAGAAACUAUGACUGACAUGGUGAUGACAGCAAUGGAACAUGUUGGGGUGCUGGAAAGUCAUAUAGCUGCAUUACGGAUACGAAUCGCAGAGCUGAAAUGCCAACUUGGUCGAGGAGGAACAUGUUGUGGGAAUUCGAUGGCAGAUAGCGGUCACAGUAGUGGGACCGGUCAGUCGGAAGAGCGACUCGCGCCAGAUCAACGACCACCCUCACGCGAGAGUGGCGUAUAUGAGCAAAGCAUGUCACAUUCGGAAGAGGCGCUAACUCGUCUACCAGUACGAUGGCAGCCACUGAGAGAUGCUUCGCACUGUACAUCAAAGUCUUGCAGAGCAGAAUUUGCGUCGGCUGUCGAUCGACGAAUUCAUUGUCAUCGUUGCGGGAAGGUAUUCUGUCGACGUUGUGUGCGAGUAACCGCGGAUGAACGAGAACGUAUCUGCGAAGGAUGUCGCGCAAUCUGUUGA